AUGGAGAGCAGGACUGUAAAUAGAGGAGAAGAAGAGGAGGAGGAGGAGGAGUAUAGAGUGUUUCUGGAUCUGCACACUGGUGCUCUAAAAGCGGCUCGAAUUCCGCCUUUGUACUGGAAAAGUCUGCAUUAUAAACUCAAGCACGAGGUGUUCGAUGCCGGAGAUGCUUUCGGGAUCAUGCGCGUGGAACAGGAAGAGGAUGUGGAGGAGGAAGAAGUACGGAGAACCUCCAACCCUGGUCAUGAGGAGUUGUAUAAAGUGAUUGUGACUCGAGAAAGUGGCCUGCAAGCCUCUGAUCCGACCAGUGUGUUUCUGGUGGAUCAUGCAUGGACCUAUCGGGUAGAAAGCGCCAGGCAGCAGCUGAUUGAGGUUCCUGGACUGUUGAUCCGAAUGGCCAGUCUGAUGGAAAUACCUUUCCAUGGUGAAGCUCCUGAUCCUGUGAUCGUGGAUCUGGUCCUGGACAACAUGUGGAAGUUUAAUCAGACCUAUCAGCUCUCUCAGGGGUCUGCAGAGGAGAAGGUGCCUGUCUGGUAUAUAAUGGAUGAGUUUGGCUCCCGGGUGCAGCACUCUUCCCAGCCGUCCUGCUGCAUGGCUCCUCUGUUUUACGCAGCUCAACAGAUGGCGUAUUCUAUACUCUGGCCUCUUCAGAAUCUGGAAAACGGAGAUGAGGUGACGAGGGAUUACUGUUACGGAGAACCCGAUCACCUGGUGAGGGAGUGUCGGCUGUUACCAUGGUUUCCCGCCAACUUGGACGGUGUGAGUGAGGAGACCGUAGAACCUGCCGACAUUUACUACGAGACCAUUUUACAGGAGAACAAAGAGAAGCUCCCAGGAGAAACCCAAGCCUACAGCGUGCCUGAUGGGAAAGUACUAAAGGUAUACACAGAGAUGAAGCAAGUUCUGGACCACCUGACGCAUCCACAAUUCGAUUUCACCGAGAGUGAGGAUGAAGCUGACAUACUCUGGAUGUAUUCUCACAUCCGUGACUAUAAGUAUGUGAAGCUGAGCGAGGAGCGAGCUCAUGUCCUGCUGAACCAGUUCCCCUGUGAGACGGUCUUAACCACUAAGGACUGCCUGGCAUCGGUAUCACGGAGAGCAAGGCGAGGAGGACACACACCAUUGUGGCUUCCCAUGACCUUCAAUCUUCAGACAGAGCUCCCACAGUUUGUCAAACAUUACCUACAGAGGCAGCAGAGAGGAGAAGAUAAUCACUGGAUCUGUAAGCCCUGGAACCUGGCCAGAGGUUUGGAUACACACAUCACUAACAACCUCGACUACAUCGUUCGGCAGAGGGAGAGCACUCCAAAGGUGGUGUGUAAGUACCUGGAGGACCCCGUAUUGUUUGACAGAGAGGAGGUCGGCAUGGUGAAGUUCGACAUCCGUUACAUGGUGCUGCUGCGCUCCGUGAAGCCUCUGAGACUUUACGCUUACAACGUCUUCUGGCUUCGUUUUGCCAACAGGCCGUUCUCUCUGGACCAUUUCGACGAUUAUCAGAAGCACUACACGGUGAUGAACUAUGCCGAAGGUGUCCAGCUGAAACAGCUCCACUAUGACGAGUUCAUUCCCAUGUUCGAAAAGCAGUACGCGGAUUAUCCAUGGAAAGAGGUGGAGAGGAUAUUUUCAAGUCUUUUGCGGAGCUCUUUCAGGCAGCGUCUUCUCGCCCUGCACCAUACGGAAUCGGCGCCUAUCCGUCCUCCAGAGCGAUCUACGCCAUCGACCUUAUGCUGAAAUGGGACCAAGCUGAAGGAGGAAAUCGAAUCAUGCAGCCUCAGAUUCUAGAGGUGAAUUUUAAUCCGGACUGCGCCCGGGCCUGCCUGUACCACCCCAACUUCUACAACCACAUGUUCCAGACACUGUUCCUGGAUCAGGCUGAUCAGUGUCCUGUCACCCAGAUCAUGUGACCCAACCGCCAGCUUUUAGCACGUGCUCGAUUAUUAAUGCAAAUAAAAGUGAUGGGAUUCUUCACUA